CCUGCUCCCGCUGGAGGCCCUGCUGGAGGUGACCGAGAAGGUGAAGGUGCUGGUGGAGUUUCUGAUGGAGAACUGCAGGGAGCUCUUUGGGGAGGAGAGCGCCGAGCCUCGGUGUGCAGCAGGCGAGGAGUGGCCAGCCCCCGUGCCGAGAUGCAGAGACGUGCGUUUGGAAGAGCAAGGCGUCCCUGCAGGCACAGCAGCCGCCGAGCAGGAGGCAGAAGGCUUGCCACACGCAGGCCCAUCUCCGCUGGGUGUCCUCAGCGAAGCGGGGGGAGAGCGGGUGGUGGCGUGUGAAACGGGAGAGGUGGUCUCCUGCCAGCUGCCAACUCCACCGUUUCUUUUGGAGGCCCCUCCAGCUUUGCCUCCAAGCAGCCCCGAGAGCGCGGCAGACUCCCUGGGGUGCCCACAAGAGCCGGCGAGCCUGUCAGAGGAAAGAAGGUUUGCAGGCUGUGCCCAGGACAAGGCAAAGAGAAGAAAGCGGAAGAGCAAACAGGCGUGGGGAGAGGAGAGUGCAAGGCGCGCGGCAAAGAAGAGGAGGAAGAGAGAAGCGGUUUUGGCGGAUGGAGCAGUGCAAAGACGCAGGAAGGCGCAGCAGGCGCUGAUUCCUUGUCGCCGGGCGAAGCGUUGGGAGUGCUGGGCCCCGCCGCUGACGUCCAGAAUAAAAUGAUGUUUUCUGU